CUUAGACACCCUCAAACGAAAGUAUCAAAAAUUUAGAUUUGACAAUCUAUAUUAGAAAAUGAAGAUAUGGAAUAGGCGGUAUUGAUACUGAAAUAUCGAUAACAGACGUAAUCGUUCAAAAUGUGGCCCCUGGGGGGGGAGACAAAAUGGUUGACGAGGGCCUCUAACGCGAAUGUUUUGUUUUCCGAGUCUUGGGGUGUUAGAGAAAGGCGGCACACCCUCAUCAGGAGUUGUUUCAUUUCAACAUGGAGGUUACACGGCGAGUGGUCACAUGCUCUUUUGAAGAAGUAGCUGAAAGUGAAAGGUCUUCUUUUUGUGGCCAAGCAUCUUUGUGGUCACAUGACCCGAAGAAGGGGCAUCGACAACAAGACGGGUCCACAUUCCUGCUCUCCUUGGGAGAGUCCCUGUUUCCUGCUGCCUGCGUCACAGCCCGUCCCACUUGGCGAAGGUCCCGGUCGCCACAGUCCUGGCUUAUAAAGAGUCCCGGAACCCGUUUGCGGCUCCCACGUCCGACUGCUUUGUCCCGACCUUGUUUUUGCUUCGCGCGCGAGCCAUGUCUCUGGGGGGUGAAGUGUGCGUGGUGACGGGAGCGUGUGGCUUCCUGGGAGAGAGGCUGAUCAGGACCAUCCUGGACCAGGAAAAGGUGGCCGAGAUCCGACUGCUGGACAUGAAGGUCCAAACUCAACUGCUGCAAAGUCUGGACGACUGCAGAGGCGACACCAAGCUCAGCGUGUUCGAGGGCGACAUCCGGGACGCCGACUUCCUGAGAAGAGCCUGUCGGGGGGCGUCGCUGGUUUUCCACAUCGCCGCCAUUAUCGACGUGAUCGACGCGGUGGACCCCGACGAGAUCUACAGCGUCAACGUCAAAGGAACACAACUGCUUCUGGAGGCGUGCCUUCAAGAGAGCGUGGCGUCCUUCAUCUACACCAGCACCAUCGAGGUGAUGGGCCCCAACCCCGAAGGCGAGCCUGUUGUCAACGGCGACGAGGACCUGGUCUACAAAAGCUCCCUCAAGUUCGCCUACAGCAAGACCAAGAAGGAGGGGGAGGACAUAAGUCUGCAGGCCAACGGCGAGCUGCUCCACAACGGGGGGCGGCUGGCCACCUGCGCCCUGAGGCCCAUGUUCAUCUACGGCGAGGGCAGCCGCUUCCUGCUGGGCCACAUGGUGGACGGUCUGAGGAACAAGGACGUGCUCUACAGGACCUCGCUCCCCGAGGCCAAGGUCAACCCCGUCUACGUCGGCAACGUGGCCGCCGCCCACCUCCAAGCCGCCCGCAGCCUCAAAGAGCCGUGGCGGAGAAGCGAGGUCGGGGGACGGUUCUACUUCGUGUCCGACGACACGCCGCACGUCAGCUAUUCGGACUUCAACCACGUCCUGAUGGCGCCGCUGGGCUUCCGCAUACAGGACCGCCUCAUGGUGCCGCUGCGCCUCUUCUACCUGGUCUGCUUCAUCAUGGAGGUGGCGUGCAUGCUGCUGCGGCCCUUCUACCGCCUGGUGCCGCCCAUAAACCGCCAGCUGCUCACCAUGCUCAACACGCCCUUCAGCUUCUCCUACCUGAGAGCCAGGAGAGAGCUGGGCUACACGCCCACGUACACCUGGCAGGAGGCGCGCAUCAACACCAUCCAGUGGCUCGCCGAGCAGCUGCCCAAGGAAAGAGAAAAACUCUGGAAGAAAUGAAUGCGGACCAUCCGGAAAAGCAGGGGGGGGUCCAAACUUUUCCACUCAAAUAGGAGGGGGAUUUACCUGACACAUGAAACGUGACAAAAAACACACUUUAGCCGCCAGAUGGCAGUAGAGUGUUGAAUAUUUUAAAAUGAGCACAGCUUUUAGCACAGUUGCGAUGCAGAGUGGCAUUUUCCAUCAUUUUCAGCAGACUGCAUUGCAAAAUGAUUAACCCCCACUCUUCCUCUCAUCCACCCAAAAAUAGGGCCACAUGAAUCCCUUCCCUACUGUACACUGAAUAUGAAAGCAUGCAGUGGCCAUUUUCAUUAUUUU